AUGGUAGUCCAUUUAACUGGCGGUUCGCCGUCGCACGCGUCUCCAGGAGACUCUCACUCGAAGCGCAGUAAGGGAAUCAACUACCGUGCUCAUAUCAAUCGGUUCCUCGUGUCCGUGAUCGGCGGCGUUGGAAGCGGCGGACCUGCCGGAUCGCGACAUAAAAGGGUUCAAGUUGGUCUCGCUCUCGCUGCAAUCACAUUCAUAUGGCUCACGCUCGGCUGCUGGUUGCUGCCGUUCACCUGCCCAUUCCCCCGAGGAGGUCGCAUUCACAAGCGGGUAAAGCCUGCCAAUUUCACGUCGGAUAUUUUCAACCGCCAGCUUCCAGACGCCAUUACCACGGCACUCAAGCAGCCGUGGAAGAAACAGCCCAUUCCAGUGGUGGUAGUCCACCAGCAGCCGUCAGGGUCAGUGGCCUGCCGCCCCUCGCACUUCAUGCACCGCAACCUGCGCCACACGCGGCAGCGCAACGCGGUGGUGUAUUUCAUCGGGCCGGACAGCGACGAGUGUGUGGAGAUGGCGAGGGAGCUGGAUAUCGUGCUGGACCCAGUCAUUGGGUAUCAAGAUGUCGUUGGCUGGUUCUCUGCCAACCUUGGGGAUCCUGUGUCCUACCAGGUGCGCUGGUUCAUCCUGAAGGCCUUCAUGGAGCGCCAUGCCUUUCCGCGCAUCUUCUUCCUCGACUCGGACGUCAUUCUCUUUGCCAACGUCACUGAGCUCGCCACCAUGCUGUUUUCAAGGGUGCACCUCGUGGUGUCGCAGCGCUGGCCCAGUCUUCGUGCCCCAGGCCCCAGCCAGUAUGCGUCCACAGCAGUGAGUGGGCACGUGUCCCUCUGGACGUACGAUGCUCUCUCUGACUUCCUCGACUUCUUCCAGCUGUUUGUUCAGGAAGCAACCCUGUACGGGCAACCUGGCGAUGCACGGCUUGUAGCGGAGCGUGCUUAUAACGACAUGGUGGUGCUGGGCUGGUACACGCACAGGAUCUGCUGGAUGAAAAACCCUCAGAACCUGCACCCCCAGUGCAUCUGUGACAAGGAGAGUGGGGUCACUCCCGAGCGGUCAGCGCGCAUACGGGGGAAGUUCACACCCAAGUUCCGGGUCGACUCGUUUGCAACGCCCCGCUGGUGCAACGCCACAGACUGGUGGGACGAGGGGUGGUGCGUCUUUGAUAACAACUUCUCCAUCCAGACGCCCACUCAAUUCUUUAAGUAUCGUCCUCAGGACGGCAUGAAGUGCCCCUCUUCUAUGCACUACACUCAUUUUGACGACUGGGCCAAGGAAGGGGAGAAGCAGACGUCGCCGGUUCAAUUCCUGGGAGUGCACUUUCAGGCGCACAGAAAGGGGUACCUCACAAGGGGGGAUGACCCAGCAGCCACAUGGGGUUCGAGCCCUGACUGA